AUGUUCAUCGAAAGCUUCAAGGUUGAAUCUCCAAACGUGAAGUACACAGAGAAUGAGAUUCAUUCAGUGUACGACUACCAAACCACUGAGCUCGUUCACGAGAGCAAAAAUGGUGUGUAUCAAUGGACCGUACUGAAGCCAAAAACCGUAAAAUACGAGUUUAAGACCGACACUCAUGUUCCCAAACUUGGAGUAAUGCUGGUUGGUUGGGGAGGGAACAAUGGUUCUACUCUUAGGUCUUACCCUGUCGAUUUCCUUGUCGGCGCUGGUAUCAAACCAACGUCGAUAGUGAGCUACAAUCACCUUGGGAACAACGACGGCAUGAAUUUGUCGGCGCCGCAAACAUUCCGAUCAAAGGAGAUAUCACAGAGCAACGUUGUCGACGAUAUGGUUGCUAGCAACGGAAUUUUGUUCGAGUCCGGUGAACAUCCUGACCAUGUUGUCGUCAUUAAGUAUGUGCCGUACGUAGGAGACAGCAAGAGAGCAAUGGACGAGUACACAUCAGAGAUAUUCAUGGGAGGGAAGAACACAAUUGUGAUGCACAACACUUGUGAAGACUCAGUCUUGGCUGCUCCUAUCAUUUUGGACCUUGUUCUCCUCGCAGAACUCACCACUAGGAUCCAGUUCAAGGCCGAAUAUGAGGGAAAGUUCCAUUCUUUCCAUCCGGUGUCUACCAUCCUAAGUUACCUCUCGAAGGCACCAAUGGUCCCACCCGGCACGCCAGUUGUGAACGUUUUGUCAAAACAGCGUGCAAUGCUUGAGAACAUAGAGCUUGUACGGUGA